AUGGCGGGCACUAUUAGCAAACGCCAGCAGGCCCGUAACGAGCGGGCACUGCAGGACUUGAUCAACGGCGUCCCGGGUAACGACCGCUGUGCCGACUGCAGCGCGAAGAACCCGGGUUGGGCCAGCUGGAAUCUGGGCAUAUUCCUGUGCAUGCGUUGCGCCGCGCUGCACCGCAAACUGGGAACGCAUGUCUCCAAAGUCAAGUCCCUCUCGAUGGACAGCUGGAGCACCGACCAGGUCGACAACAUGAAGCGGGUGGGAAAUGUGGUCAGCAACAAGUUAUACAACCCGCAGGGAGUGCGUGCGGACAUUCCCGUGGACAUUGAUGAGGUGGAGGCGGCCAUGGAGAAGUAUAUUCGCCAGAAAUACGACCAACGCACGCUGGGAGCAUCUUCAAGAAACCCCGCGCCGGCCGCGAGGCAGAUGGCGCAGAAUACGGGCAGUACAGGCACCGGAGCCGCGUCGUGGAACGACGAGCAACCCGAUCUUCCGCCCAAACCCACCAAGCGGUUUGGAUUCAGCAUGCGUUCAACGAGCUCCACCAUUCCGAAGAAGAACAAGCAAGACCGCUUCACGCCACCUUUGUCGCCCGCCUACACAGGCAGUGACCGGGAAAGAGAUCACACGCCGCCGCGAAAUCUGCAGAAAAAGUCGAGCCAGCUGUUUGGCAUGAGGAUUACCACCGUGGACAACAACUUUAACGCGAAGCUGGUCUACCUGCAGGACAUGGGUUUUCCUGAUAACAUGAAGAACACGGAGAUGCUCAAGAGUAUGAAUGGGAAUGUUGAGAGGACCGUGGAGGCGCUGGCCCGGCUGGGGGAAGGCACAAAGCAACUGACGAGAUCCGUCACCCCUGGACCACGAGCAUUGACUCCAGUAUCUAUGGGAAGCUCUGGUGGCGCCAAUGGAAUAUCGUUUGAGAGAAAGGCGGCAUCAAACAAUAAUCCGUGGGAAGUACGCAAUGACCCGCCAGUACCAGCACCCCUGCCGCGCGCACAAUCAGUUCCUCCAGUCUCCACCACUGCGCCCACCUCGAACUCAUGGAACCCUUUCAUGAGUCAGGCGCAGCCGCAGCAAUCGUUGGAAAGCAGCUUCGAGAGCCUGCAAGUAUCACAGCCCGCCGUACAGCAGAUGGUUGGCAAUCAGCAGGCAUAUUAUCAAAACAACGCUGUCCAUCAAUCCUCCAACCCGUGGCAGCAACAGAUGCAGCAGCAGCCUCAAUUUGGUGAGCAAUACCAACCGGCUCCCACUGCCCAGACUGGUGGCGCAUUUAUGAACUCCCAAUUUCAACCUCAACCUCAAGUUCAGCCGCAGCCACAGCCGCAGCCCAAUGUUCAAUAUCAACCUCAGCAAUUGACUUCGAGCAACCCAUGGGCGCAGCAGCCUGCCCUACCACAGGCCAAUCCUACACUAGGACAAUUAAGCAACCCCUGGGCCACAUUAAGCCAGCCAGGGUCCAAUCAACAGAUGGCAGCGUCACCUGCGCCAGUAUAUGGUCAGCAAACCGACUUCUUCUCUCAGGCUCAACCUAUGCAAUCGACUCAGGCCCAGAUGCAAACUCAGCCGCAAUAUGCCUCGCAGCAGCAAUUCCAAACUCAGCCGCAACCGCAGCUAUCUCAAUUCCAGGCACAGCCGGUACAGCAAAGCUCGCAGCCAGCUUUGGCAGGGCAAAAUCCCUAUCAGCAGCACAUGCAGCAACAAGCUCAAAACCAGCCACAGCAGCAGCAGCAACAGUUCCAGCAGUACCCUUCGCAGCAAAUGCAGCAAUAUCCACCGCAGCAGCAGCAGCAACAAUACCAACAACAACAACAACAACAACAACAACAACAACAACAACAAACAUACGGGCAGCAGCAGUUUGGUCAGCCUCAGACAACGCGGCAUGAUAAAUCAUCCAUCCUAGCUCUGUACAAUUAUCCUCAGCUCGCACCGCAAAUGCCUUUGCAGACGCUUCCCGAGGACUCGCAGCCGCAACCUGAGAGUGUACCACAGCGGAGCGCAACAAUGCCGGUAUCGUUCUCCGGAAGCGCGAAUCCCUUUGGUCGGCCUGCGCCCACUGCGCAGAUUCGGGGACACGCUAGUAAUGACAGCGUCGAUUUUCAGGGGUUGGGAAGUGGGAGACACAGUCCUGAUGCAUUCGCGGGCUUGAGCUCACGGUGGUGA